UUAUAUCUCUGUCCCUUAAACCUUCACCACCAAAGACCGUUUCUAAAAUAAAGUCAAACGAAAGAAAAUAGAUGAACUAUUAAUAUUUUUUAGCCUACAAACCCCCCCCCAAAAAAAUUCAAUUGACGGAGGAUGUAAUGGCUAUGGAUCUCUCGCUCACUACAAAACUAAUUCAAUAGGUGGAGGACGUUAAUGGCAAUGGAUCUCCUCGGUACAAAAGUUUACUGAACACCUUGUCGGAGUCUGUGAAACGGAAAAUAGUUAUUAAGGGUUUCUUCAGUAGGCUCAAUUUUUUUCAAGGGAUUCUUUCAAGGGAAUAAUAAUAGAUCCUCUUCUCCUCUCUUUGUAUGCCCCAUUGCACGUCACGAGUUCGAGCCCUGACCAAGCAGAAGAAGACGCAUUCGGAAGACAGAAAAUAUACUCGCUUGCCAGAUGUUGCUCAGCUUAAACCCUGCAAGAAUCUAGUUUAAUUUCUGUUACCGCGAAGAUCGCAAACGAGUCGAAUAUCAUUAGGUUUUUCUUUCAAAGAAUUUUUUUGAUGCUGCCGAGCCUUGCAAGAAGUUAGAGAUCUACAUCUUGGCUAAACUGUUUCAUGGUGUAUCUGCAAUGCACCGGGUGGGAAGUACAGGGAAUACUUCAAACUCUACCCGUCCUCGGAAAGAAAGGCGGCUGACUUAUGUUUUAAAUGAUGCAAAUGAUGCUAGACAUUGUUCUGGAAUAAAUUGCCUGGCUAUAUCACAGUCAUCACUGCCUGGUAGCAAUGACUUAUUGUUCAGUGGUAGUCGAGAUGGGACACUUAAACGAUGGGAGUUGGCUGAAGGUUCUGCUGUCUGUCAUGCAACAUUUGAAUCCCAUGUUGACUGGGUAAAUGAUGCAGUCCUCACAGGGGAGACACUUGUUUCUUGUUCUUCGGAUACCACUCUUAAGACAUGGGAUCCUUUCUCAGAUGGUGUUUGUACCAGAACAUUUCGUCAACACUCAGAUUAUGUUACAUGCCUUGCAGCAGCAUCAAAGAAUAGCAAUAUUGUUGCUUCAGGAGGUCUUGGUCGUGAGGUAUUCAUAUGGGAUAUUGAAGCAGCCUUGACUCCAAUCUCACGGACCUUUGAAUCAAUGGAUGAUGAUAAUUCCAAUGGUGUUCUCAGUUCUGGAAAUUCUGUUUUGACUAGUACGACAGGUCGAGUUACAAAUGUCACCAACAAUGCCACUUCCUUGCAUAUGUCACAGAUGCAGGGGUACAGUCCAAUUGCAGCUAAAGGACACAAGGAAUCAGUGUAUGCAUUGGCUAUGAAUGAUGUGGGUAACUUGCUCGUCUCUGGAGGAACUGAGAAGGUAGUGCGGGUGUGGGACCCAAGAACUGGAGCAAAACAAAUGAAACUCAGGGGGCACAGUGACAAUGUGCGAGCUCUGAUUUUGGAUUCCACUGGCAGGUUCUGCUUAUCUGGAUCAUCAGAUUCUAUGAUACGGCUCUGGGAUCUUGGUCAGCAGCGUUGUGUACAUUCAUAUGCUGUGCAUACUGACUCUGUUUGGACGCUUGCAAGUACACCAAAUUUUAGUCAUGUGUACAGUGGUGGGAGAGACCUAUCGUUAUACCUCACAGAUUUAACAACAAGAGAGAGUUUGCUGCUUUGUAUGGAGAAGCAUCCUCUUCUACGAUUGGUGCUACAGGAUGACUGGAUAUGGGUUGCCACAACAGAUUCUUCUAUACAUAAAUGGCCAGCUGAGGUACGCAAUCCACAUAAGAUUUUUCAAAAGGGUGGAGCUUUCCUGGCAGGAAAUUUAUCCUUUACAAGGGCAAGGGCAUGUUUAGAAGGAUCAUCACUUGUUCCCGUGUACACACAACCUUCAUAUGUCAUACCAGGCUCUGCUGGAAUUGUACAGCAUGAAAUAUUGAACAACAGGCGGCAGGUUUUGACUAAGGAUGCUGAAGGGACAGUUAAACUAUGGGAGAUUACCAGAGGUGCAGUCAUUCAGGAUUAUGGAAAGGUUUCUUUUGAGGAGAAAAAGGAGGAAUUAUUUGAAAUGGUCAGCAUUCCUGCUUGGUUCACAAUGGAUACCAGACUUGGUAGUAUGUCUCUCCAUUUGGACACCCCCCAGUGUUUUUCUGCUGAAAUGUAUGCAGUUGACUUAAAUGUGCCAGGAUCCUCAGAGGAGCAGAAGAUAAAUCUUGCUCAGGAGACACUACAUGGGCUCUUGGCCCAUUGGCUAUCAAGGAGACGGCAGAAGAUGUCAACACAAACUUCUAAUGGGGAUAUUGCACCAGGGCAGGAAACUGCCCUUAGAAAUCACAUUUCUCAUAGAAUAGAUCAUGAUGAUGCCGAAAACCAUAAUUCUGGAGUUCUUCCAGCUUUUGAGUUUUCUACUAUUUCACCCCCAUCUAUAAUCACUGAAGGUACUCAUGGAGGUCCAUGGCGCAAGAAGAUAACUGAGUUAGAUGGGACAGAGGAUGAGAAGGAUCUUCCAUGGUGGUGCAUAGAAUGCGUGUUGCACGGUCGACUUCCUCCUAGAGACAGUGCAAAGUGUAGCUUUUAUUUACAUCCAUAUGAGGGAACAACAGUGCAAGUGAGCAGUAACGGAAAACUCAGUGCACCCAGGAUAUUGCGUAUUCAAAAAGUCAUAAAUUACGUGAUAGAAAAAAUGGUACUUGAUAGACCUUUGGAUACUAGCAAUCCAGAGACAUUUACUCCAGUUUUGAGCGGUAGUCAGUCACAUGUAGCAGCAAUUGGAGAUGGCUCUCUUAGAUCUGGCAUGAGAAUUUGGCAGCCAAAAGCGAAGCCAAUGGUGGAAAUCCUUUGCAACAAUCAGGUGCUUUCACCAGAUAUGAGUUUGGCUACAGUGCGAGCAUAUAUCUGGAAGAAACCAGAUGAUUUGUUCCUUCAUUACAGACUUGUGCAGAAAUAGAUGAUCAAUCUUCGGUGUAGCCUCUUUUGUGGGUGCUGUCUUAGCUUUCUAAUAAAGUAUUCUGAUGCAUUACCUUGCUUCAUUUCUGAACUUUCUUUUUGGCUCACAAUCUUGAUAGGUUAUUUUCAUCAUCAUGUGCAAAUUGUGUUGGACAAAAUUUGUAGAAAUCGAGUUGAGAGUUAUUUUCUUCUGUAGUCUUUCCCAGUAUUGAUACUUUCAAGUGGCAUGAAGGAGUGCCUCUUCUUUGCCGUGUAGGCUAUAACAUGUAAAGACAAGAGGAGUUGACAUGUAAAGGCUGCUUCUAACGAGGUGUGGAAUAAAAAUCAUCUCUGAUCAAGGGGAAACUCAUGCUCAUCCCUUAGAGCACAUGAUAUUCAUUAUUUCUUGCAGAUUCCUACCAAUGAUUGGUAUGCUCCAAGAGUACAGUGCUGCCGAAUAGACUCGGCUGAUGUUCACAGCAUGUAAAAUCCCCUCCUAGAGUUUCAUAUUUAUAUGUAAAAUGGGACAUUUUAUUGUAGUAAGUGGGUUCAUAUAAUUUUUGAAGUAAGGAAUCAUAGCAUUACGUUUCACCAUGGUAUCAGAUAUGAUACAACCUAUUUUUGUAUCCUUGUACUGACUAUUUUUGUCAUGGUAAAUCUUUAUGGAUAUCUUUAAGUUGUUUUUCUUCUUGGAA